GUUAAAAAAACACCAAGAUGGGAAGAGGUAGGGUUCAACUGAAGCGAAUCGAGAACAAAACCAGCCAGCAAGUAACAUUUUCCAAGCGGCGAACGGGACUUCUCAAGAAAGCACAUGAAAUCUCUGUGCUCUGUGAUGCUCAAGUAGCCUUGAUUAUGUUCUCUACCAAAGGCAAACUUUUUGAGUAUUCAUCUGAAACCAGCAUGGAAGACAUACUGGAACGAUACGAGAGACAAACUCAUACAGAACUCUCUGGAGCUAACAAUGAAUCACAGGGAAAUUGGUCUUUCGAGUACAUCAAGCUCACCGCCAAAGUUGAAGUCUUAGAGAGAAACUUAAGGAACUUCGUGGGACAUGAUUUGGAUCCCAUGAGUAUGAGAGAGCUUCAGAGUUUGGAGCAACAGCUUGACACAUCUCUAAAGAGCAAGACUGCAUGGCUUGCAAGGGCAUUGGAGGAGCAAAACAGAAAGCUAGCAAAGAUGAAGGAGAAAGAGAAGACUUUUACUGAGCAUCCACACAACUGCCCAGAAAACCUGGGCCAAAAUCCAUCCACUGUCAACCUAUGUUCUCCAGAGCUAUUACCAUCACAAACACUACUUCCUUCUCUAACUCUCAGUGGGAAUUUGCAAGGACGAGCAUGGCUGGAAGAAAAGGCUGAAGCUCAAACCGCCCCUACUCGCAAUACUCUCAUGCCACCAUGGAUGAUGCAUCACCUAACUAGUUAGAAUGACAUAAUUCUGUCAAGCAUGUCACAUAUAUAUUAUGAAUGUUCAAGAUAUCAACUGUGUAUGUUAGAAUAGAGCUAAAUGCUAAGUUUAAUAACUGCUCAAACUUGUUAUAUGGGCUGUGA